AGCAUUAUCUUGGCAGAGCAUUCUGGGAUAGCAAAAUCUAGUGAAGAUGUGAAUGAAAAACGUCUUACUAAAUUGUCUUUACAGGCGAUAGAAACAAAUGAUUGGAGACGAUUUUAAGUUUGAAUAACUUAGCUAUGUUUUAUAUACGUAAGACAUUUGUUAAGUUAUUGCAGACUUACCCAGGACAGCAAAAAACUGGACUGCAAUUUUACUCUUUAUAUUGCUGAUUACUCAACGUCAGGACCAUGGAAGUGGAUAAAAAGAGGCGUAAUUACAAGUUGUUGGUUGAUCCUAUGCUUAGAGGUGGAUCAACUAAGAUCUAUAGAUUUGAGGGUGUUGAUCCAACGGAUAAUCGACUGGUGCAUGUUAAAGACCCAAGAUCACGGCUGCAGAGAUUAUGGAGUCAGCGAAUGCCAGCAGAUUUACCAAUCCCUAGGUUUAAGUAUGAUCACUAUUAUGUUGGGGAACCCCCACCAAAUGAAGUCACAUUCACCAACUUAAACGAUAACAUCAGCAAGGACUUUCUAGAAAAUAUGGUGAAACAGUUUGGACUGCUAGAGGAAGUCAAAAUCUACUACAAUCCUAAAAACAAGAAGCAUAUGGGUAUAGGAAAGGUUAUCUUCAUGUCAUCGAAAGCAGCAAAGAUGUGUGCUGACAAACUGAAUCAGACCUCAAAAAUGGGAAACAUAAUGAGUGUUUAUGUGGACUCUGGUGGCAAAGAAAGGCAACGAAUCAUUGAGGACUUGUUGUCAGAGCAACCAAAACCUUCAAUACUAGCACCAGUGGCUCAAAAUGCUGAUCCGAGAAGUAGGCGCUUGUCUGCAUCGUUUUCAGGAAAUGCCAGCUUUUCUGACACAAGCUUUGAGCAGGAGGCUUAUGAUCCAGAGCUUGAAUUCCAGAACCAACGAAAACCUGAAAAUCUCAAUAUCCAUGCAGCGGAAAACUUAAGCCACCACAGUGGAGACACUGGAUACAUAUCAGAGACUCCCAUGUCUGCAUUCUCUCAGGGUAGCUUUUCUCACAACCAGGACAACAACAAGGGCUCAUUUGACAUAACAAACACAGGACUGACCCCUGGGUUGACCCCAGCUAUGACCCCUAAUAUGGCCGGGAGUAAUUUUCAGUUUCCUCCUCCCCCCAACCAGUUCAAUCAUGGGAACAAUAGGUUUAACAACCAACCCAAUGACAUUGCAGGGGGAUUUGGAGCCCAAGGGAACAAUAACUUUGACAAUUUUGGUAGCAAUGGUAGUCGUAAUUUCCGCGGGCAUGAUAAUUUCAAUCACCAUAAAGAAGAAGUGUUUAACAAUCCAAACAAAAUAGAUUUCACCAAGCCUCCACCUAAUUUUAACUCCAAUAAUGUGCCUCCACCCCAGAAUGACAGAAAUUUCCAUCGGCAGGAUUCAGGUCGUUACCAUGACCGUCACAACUACAGGAAUAGAGAUAGGAGAGACAGUCGUGACAACCAUGGUUAUGACCGAACUGACAGGGGUGGGCGUGGAGGAAGGGAUUGGAGGAAAGACAGGAAUGACCGAGGGUACGACAGAGAUUUCAGGGAAAACCGCUACGAAGGGCGUAAUCGUGAUUAUGAUAAUUCAUACAACAGACGAGACCGGCACGGAAAUAGGAGAGAUGAUCGGGAGAGAGACUUUAACCAUGACAAAAUGGAUCGCAAUUAUGAUAAUCGCAACAACAGGAUGCAUGAUCGAUUGUUUGACAAUAGGAACAGUUUGGACUAUGAUAACAGAGAUCCUAGGAGUUUUGAAAGAGAGCUUGGUUCCAAACCUAGGGGAGAUAAUCUUAGAAGGGAGAGUAUGGAGAAGGAGCAGCCCCCACCCCCUAGGCCUCAGACUCCACCCAUGCCCCCAGAGCCAACUCCAACAGAGGAAGAGCCAAGACCUCAAAGUCUGGAAUCCCGUAUUCAGAGUCUUCUACAGAAUGUUGGAGGGAUAUCUGAUGGAUUUGGAAGUCCGUCAGAUGAAUCCACAAGUGAUUCAAGGAAGAAAGAACAGACUCCACCUUCAGGGAGAUACAGUAAUAAACAUGGCGAUCUUUCCGAUAGGAUACCCAAAACACCAAAGGAAAACUGUGUUGAUGCUCAAAAUCCUAGAACUCCUUUUGAUUAUGGACAAGAUUAUACGCCUGCCUCUCUUGAAGGAGAGAGGAUAGAUAGAAAAUUAACUCACAACUUAGAUUUCCGGGAAAGCAAUUCUCAUCUUAAUGGUAGUGCUUUAACAAACUUUACUCCUGAUAGCAUUCCAGUUGCUCCCACGGGGACUAGUGAAGAUAUAACGCAGGAUGAUGAUGAAAUGAGCAUUUCAUCAGGAAAUAGUGAUGACCAAAACAUUGAAGUCAAUCCUAUUCCAGAUGUCACAGUCUCUGAUGUGACCAACAGUGCUAAUUUUGUAGCCAAUCCCUGGCAAAUGCAGAAUAUGGGCAUGAACUUUGGGACUAACUUUCAAAACUACAAUUUCAUGGGUGCCAAUAAUAUGCAAGUGUAUAACCAGAAUUUUUACAAUCAGUAUAACAAUGACAUGAUGAACCAAUCUCCCAUGAUAGGGCAAACAAAGGCAGAAAGUGAAGCCAUGGAAAAGAAAUUUAGAAAUGUGCUGGAGGGCUUUGUCAAGGAGCUUAAGUCUGUCAUGCAGAAGGAUAUGUGUAAGAAAAUGGUGGAAAACUCUGCUUUCCAGUCGUUUGACAGCUGGUGGUCCGAUGAAUCCAGUAAACAUAAACAAGUGCAAUCAGCUCGUCUCAUUCCUGAAAAGUCCUACGAUAAACCAUCGUCUCCAUCAAAACCGUCCACAGUCACCAUUGGGAAGAGUGAGGUCACAUCCACAUUGGCCUCGCUGUUUGAACCACAGCAUCCGUGGUCCAGAGAGGGAGAAAUCAACAUGGGAGGAUUCAUGGGGGGUGGAUUCCUUGGUAUCAGGGGUGGAAUACCCCGACUUCCAUCAUUUAAGAAAAAGUACAAAGCUCCUUCACCGCCACCAGAGGAUGAAGAAAGCAAGCAAUCCAGCAGCACAAGAGAUGGGUUUUCAGCAGAAAAGCAAGAACAGAAGCCAUCUAGAAUACGCAAACCAAUUUAUAGCUCCAGUGAAGAAGAUGAAGACUCUGAUGCAGAUGAGGAGGAAGAGACAGAAGAUAAGGAUAACCUUGACAGCAGCGAUGAUGAAGAGAAAGAAAAUGUUGACAGUAGCGAGGAGGAAGAGUCAGAUGAAGAAUCGGAGGAGGAGGAAGAGUCAGAGGAGGAAGAGGAGUCCAGUGAAGAGGAAGAAGAGGAGAAGAAAGAGGAGGUUGCUACAAGGAAAAAAGAGGAAAUAGAAGAGAAGAAGACAAACAAGGUGGAAAAUAAAGAGGAAUCAAAGAAACCACUUGUGGAGGAUGAAGACAGCGAUGAAAAGGUUGAUGUUGAGGAAGAGGAUCAAAAAGAGGAAGAGAAAGAGAAAGAAGUUAUAGAGUCCCAUAAAAAGCAGAUCUCAAAAGAACCACAAAUAAAGAAAGAAGCAGAGGAACUGCCUAUUAUUCCAGAGGAGCCUGAGGCAUCUGGAUUCGAGACAUUGUUAAAAGCUUCGGAGAUUCUCAGUCAGCGUGAACAGGACAAGAAGCUUGUUCCUCCCGCUCCAUCCAUCCCAGCUGAAGUCAAAGAAGAGGAUAUGGACCUGGAGAAAGAAAAACCAAGUUUCUUGGUGGAGCAUGACUACGUGCUUCCACCCCCCACAGUGGACGGCAAUGAUACGGACGGAACCAUGUCGGCAGAAGAGGAUGAGAACACAACACCCUAUGAAGUGUUCAUGGACCACAACUACUGCCUUCCACCACAGCCUCAUCUCAGAGAUUUGGUCGAGCAGAAGGCACUUGUGCCAGACACUGUGCAUGAGUUGGCAAAACCAUCCCCAGCAUCUGAAAAGAAGAAGAAGGAGCCACCAGUGAAGAAAGAGAGAAAGAGGAAGCAGCCUCUGAAGGAAUCCACGUCUAUCAAUGUUAAUGACUCUUUUAAUCGUUCUAAAGGCAGUAGAGAACUAAUCAAUCUUCUCCCUCCUCCAAAGCCAAUCAAAAAAUUCCCUCCAAGGAAGAUGGAAGAAGAAAGACUCGUGUUCUUUGACAUGUACAGUAAAGGAAUCGAUGAUGAAGACAUCAGAUACAUGAAAAAGACCUAUGAUCAUCUUCUGGAGUCGGAUGAUCCAAUGGGAUACUGGGUGAAUGAUAUUUUGUGGGUAGAUCAUCCAUGCACUAACAUACCAGAUCCAAUUCCUUCUAAAAAGAGAAAGAAAAAUGAGAAUGAGUUUCCAAAACCCCACAAAACAGGGUGUGCUAGAACAGAAGGAUAUUACAAGCUGACAAAUAAAGAUAAGACAUGGCUGAGUAAUCCUCAGGAAACAGAAAAGCCAGAACCUCCCGAGACUGUCAGGGAAAAGAAAACACAGAAGUCUCGCGAGGCUCGACAUGAAAACAGGAGACUCCAAGUUACGAUUGCUGACUCGCAGUAUUUAGAUCUCUUCAAGUUUAAUCAGUUCAGGCUGAGAAAGAAACAGUUGAAGUUUGCUCGCAGUGGCAUUCACGACUGGGGAUUGUUUGCUUUGGAGCCUAUUGCUGCUGAUGAAAUGGUGAUAGAGUACGUGGGAGAAACGCUGCGUCAAUCUCUGGCUGACUUGAGGGAGAAAAAGUACGAGGCUGAGGGAUGCGGGAGCAGUUACCUCUUCAGAGUGGACACGGAGACCAUUAUAGAUGCCACCAAAUGUGGUAACCUUGCCAGAUUCAUCAACCAUUGUUGUAAUCCAAAUUGUUAUGCAAAAAUCAUCACUGUGGAAUCACAGAAGAAAAUUGUGAUAUACUCCAAAAGAGACAUAGAUGUGAAUGAGGAAAUUACUUACGACUACAAGUUUCCCAUUGAGGACGAAAAGAUUCCUUGUUUAUGUGGCGCUCCUAAUUGCAGAGGCACUCUUAACUGAAACUGGCAGAGACAAGUAGAAUAUAUUAUUCAGAUCCAUGAAUCUUGAGGGUUUAACUGAAUCCUUCAGACUGCCACAGCUUGGGUUAUACCUGCAGAGAUUGAACGUGGAGUAGAGUGGAGAGAGUUAUCCUUUCUGAAGUCAUUCAGAGAACGUGCGUGUAAGAAUGGACUCUGUCCUGGAGAAUGUGGUUGUGGAAGACUGUUCCAUGAAUGAGAGAAUCAGGAGCAAUGUCAGUUAUCAGAUAUCGAGUUAGAGUUUAUUCAGUAACUCAUUUAUGUAAGAUCUCGUGAGUUCCUUAAUUCACUUGAUCAUGAAGCAGUAUUUCUCUGAUCUGUUAUUGACAAUAACAAAUCUGAUAUUUAAUCAGUGAUUGCGUAGAAUGAGAUUGUUGAUUGAAUGAGGGGAGAGAAAGGUUGAGGGUGAAAGCUCAGAUUGUGAGAAAAUGCAGCAGUUAUUGCUAUAUUUGAGCUUGGAAAUAUGUACGUUAAAUGUACGUCAUGAUAGAAAUCCUCCAUACAUCAAGAGUGUUUUACAGUGGCUCUUGUAACUAUAACCUGAUUCCAGAUACGAAAAUACUUGAGACACAACCUGUAAAUUUAUAGUGCUAGUGCUUGUUGUUAGUGUAUAUAACCUGUCAUUGCAGUCUUAAAGACAGUGCUGUUUGGAUGAAAUCAUUGUAUAUAAUUGUGUAAAUGUGCUGGUGUAUGAAUGUAUGUUAUGCAUGUUGUUUGUAAGAUACCUGUAAAGUGUGUCAUGUCAAGCUAAUGUUCAUGUAUGUGUUAUGGAUGUGAGAUGAGUACAAGAGAAGGUAAAUGUGGCACACCUUAAUGGCCAUGUGUUGGUGGAUGUUUAAGAAGGGUGGAUGGUAAAAUGUGCCAGGACCCACUUUGUGUGUACUGUAACUGGGCAGCUAAUAUUUGUAUGUUUUUCUUUCAUGCUAUAUAGGUACAUAACUACCGGUACAUAAGAUUGUCAAGUGUAUGAUUGAUUUAAAAAUCACUGCCAAAUAGUACCAUCUGUUAGGAGCACCCUCAAGUAAAGCUAAAAGGCUGUAAAAAAAACCUAUGUUCUUUGUAUAUCAGAAAGAAUGUUGCAUGUUAAUUCUUGGACCUUGUUGCUGUUUCGUUUUAACAUUGAGUUCGAAAUUGUUAGUUUUGAAACAUUGUAUUUUGAUGGAUGUAUUUAUUGAUUUUAACUAAUGAUUUAUAUUUUUUUAAUAGAAUAGUGGGAAAAGUCUGAUAUAUUUCAAAGCAUUUACUGGUAGUGACAUAUUGUUUGUAAAAUUCGGUAGUUUUGUUAUUUCAUAAAUGACUUGCUCAACACCAAACUGUUUUAAAUUAGGGUUAAAGUUACUGACUUACCGGUAUAUAUAUCUUGAUGAAAUAGUUUUUGCUGGUGGUGUUUUCUGAUAAACUCCUAUUUUUGCGAUGCUAAAAAAACUACUACUUCAAUGUGCUUUGAGAAUGUCAAAUGCAUAAACAGUUUAAAUUGUAAUCUUUUUGCUUAAACUUUUUAAAAGUUCAUUGAUAAGCAAUUUUAGUUUUUCUCUCACUUUUAUAUUUAUAUACAUGCAUGUAAUGUACGUACAUGUACAUGUACCGGGGUAUGUUUAAAGAAUCUUAUUGAUAUGUGUUCCAACUAAUUACAAA